GACUUUUCCGGCCGCCGGAAAUUAUCGAUCGGUGAUCAGCUGUUGUUUUCCGCGGUUGCAGCACAAGUUUCCAUGGAAAAUGUGAUAAAAACACUGGGCUUAGAAUGCGUUUGAAGGCCAGUCCCUUAGUUUCCCUCAGUUUUCCUUUAAAAUGAACACCUCCUUAAGCCGGGGCUGUUCUUACAGCCCUCGGGAGUCCUUCGAAUACACUGCGCUUCAAUUUGCAGCUCGAAGAGGCUCUUUGGAGCAAGUCCGAUAUUUGAUCGAGAGUGGCACUGAUCUUGACACAGGGCCGGACCCUGCCCUACAUCUAGCCCUCCGGAAGCAAAACACGGCGAUAGCACAUGUGCUCCUCCAUGCUGGGGCUGAUUUUGAGAUCAAAGAUUCACAUGGAGAUUAUCCCAUCCAUAUUGCUUGUACUUUAGGGCUUUUGGACGUGGUCCAUGCCCUGUGUGCGUUAGGAUGUAGUGUCGAAGUUCUGACGGCGAAAGGGCUUUCGCCCUUGCAUUUGGCGGCGAAGAAUGGACAUAUUCAUGUUGUCAGGUGUUUAUGUGCCGCUGGGUGCAACAUAGACAUCCGUAAUUCUGAUAACAUCAGGGCUGAUAUCACGGCUUUGAAAUAUGGUCAUAACGACAUUGCCGAGUUGUUGGAUAGAUUAAGGGUGACUGGGCAAAGGGACACUUUAGCCCGUCAAUUAGUACCAACUUCCAAACCAGCCCUUAGAUUAAACUUGCGGCUUUUGGGGCACUGUGGUGUCGGGAAAACUUCCCUGGUCAAGUCGUUAAGUGCCGGUUUGUUUGGUUCGUUAUUCCGGCGAUCGAGUUCGCUCCAAAGCAACAAAUCUCGUCCUUCAUCCCCCAUUAACACCCAAAUCGAGAUGGAUGUCACCUCACGACAAAAUUCUCUAAGUUUUGAAAGCAGUGGCAAUUACCAGUCCACAAACGGCAUUAGUGUACAAAAUAUGGACAUAUCUAACGUUGGCGAAACAACAGUUUGGGAGUUCUCAGGACAGGAAAACUAUUUUCCCAUCUAUCACCACUUUUUAUGGCCUUCACCUCAUUCGCUUACUUUGGUUUUGUUCAGUUUGGAAGACUCGCCGUCCAUUCAAGUGCAACAAGUUUGCUUCUGGCUCAAUUUUCUUCUAGCGAGGCAACCGGCUGACCUGCCUUCUUCCGAAUACGGCCAAGUCAUGUUGGUGGCCACCCACGUGGACUUGACCCGCGCUGUGAAGACGCAAAACGGCGAAUGGAUUUGUCCCGACGCUCAGAAAACGCUCGAAACUGUCCGAAAAAUAAUCCCCCACGUCCCCAAUCUCAUGUCCAGUGUUGUGAUAAUGGACACAAACGUGCCAGCUUCCUACCCUUUCAAGCAACUCAAGUCGACGCUGGCCGAACUGAAACAAGAGUGCCUCCAGGAUUAUUUAACUAGUAGAAAGGGCUACAAUUUAAUAACGAGCCGCGUCUUGAAGCAAACCGUGGGGACCUGGACCGGCCUCCUGGAAGCAACCCUAGCUUGGCUCAACUCGCUCCAGAAGGAUUACGAGCAGUUUCCCGUUUUGUCGCGUUCUACGUUUUCGGAGUUGUUGCGAAGUCAGGUCAACAUCCUGGCUUCGGACCACCACAUCCAGGAGUUGCUCCAGCAGUUGCACUUCAUGGGGGAGGUGUUCUGCGUCCAGGAUUUGGUCGUGGUUUCGGUUUCCUGGCUAGGGGGGCAACUUCUAGGCGAGCUUUUCUCAAGCGAUUUUUUCCUACAUGCACGAGUGACUGGCGUCUACACUAGUGAAGAUUUCCAAGCUAGUUUCAACCAGUGUGACGCUUUAGGGGCCUUAGAUUUACUCGAAGCUUUAGAUGUUUGCGUUCAGUGUGACAUUGAAGGGGAGAUUGAGUACGAGUUUCCAAUUUAUAAUCAUGUGGAGACUCUUGAAGGGUUGUGGGAUUCGGAGGAUCCGAGAUAUGCGAGCAAAGGAUCACAGUAUGGUGGUUUAAGGUUGUACACCCCACCAGGGACGUACCACCAGUUCAAAUCAAUUUUCCCCCACAUUCAAGUUGAGUUGCGGAGAGCAAUUUUGGCCAAUUAUAGCAACAAUGAUAGUGAUAUGGAUUUAUACCAAUGGCAUUUAGGCUCAAAACUAUGUAACACAGAACUCGAAAGUCUCAUUACGUUGGAAGAAGACGAAGUCGCUUUACAAUUCAUUGAGAUAAAAAUCAGGGGACCAAAUAAUUCCUCGCAAUACUGUUUCUACUUUUUGGAGCAAAUAAUGCAAACGAUAAAUCACGCUUUAUUGAGAGUUUGUCCCGGACUGCUUAUCGAGAAACACGUCUUGAGCCCUUUGGAAUUGAAGAGACACUCAGAGGGGCCUUUUUGUUACCCCUCUGAUAUCAUCACAACUGCAAUGCUUGAAGCUGAGUCAACUCUCGAUGUCGCCUUGUACAACCCCAAUGUUGAUGCUCAAGAAACCAUCGCCCAGUUAAUUAUGUUUAGCGAUUUGGAUUUGGCGGGUAACAUCCAGUGGGGCUGCGCCCUCAGAAUCCAAGACCUCGCCCCUCCGAUUAAACUGAAGCUGUGCGGUUUGCUGGACCCCCCGGAGCGGCACGGUCGCGACUGGUGCUUGCUAGCCCUCCGUUUGGGUCUCUGUCAGGAUAAAAUCGCCGCUCUUGAUUCGCAACAUUCCAGCCAUACGAUGAGACUGCUAACAACAGCUGAUUGUUCAAUAGGUGCUCUUAUAACCAGUUUGCAUGAACUAGACCGACUCGAUGCCGCUGAAGUCGUCCUGCGUUCCGCACCCAUAUUUAAAAUUAUAGAGCAUGUCAGUGUUUAGUCAUAGUGAACACUCUUCUCUAGCUCAAAAUUCUUCAACGGUCCAAUGUCUGUUAGUUAGUGCUUCUACCGUCCCCCCUUUUAUUAGUCCAAUCAAACAACGAAGUAGCUACUUAUAGUUUAAUCAGCUAUUACAGGGUUCAUUUCAGUAUUAACAAAUGAAGGAGAUUGUGAUAUUUAUGCUCAGUUGUGGGAAAAUAUUUUAUUGUAUAAAUAAAUGUGAUACAAGUUA